AUGAGUAGAGUUGGUGUAGAAUUAAUGGAGAUUGAAAAAGAAGUAACGGAAGAAAUGAGAGAUGGUGAUGAUGAAGUGAAGAGAAUUCCUCCAUGGACUAAACAGAUUACAGUACGAGGAAUUGUUGCGAGUGUUGUGAUUGGAAUUAUUUACAGUGUGAUUGUAACGAAGCUUAAUCUCACUACUGGACUUGUACCAAAUCUCAAUGUCUCAGCUGCUCUGCUUGCUUAUGUGAUUCUACAGUCAUGGACUAAAAUUCUAAAAAAGGCGAAUUUUACAUCUACUCCGUUUACUAAACAGGAGAAUACUAUUAUUCAGACUUGUGCUGUUGCAUGUUACAGUAUUGCUGUAGGAGGUGGCUUUGGAUCAUAUCUUUUGGGACUGAAUAAGAACACAUAUCAGCAAGCUGGGGUUGAUACAAGUGGCAAUACACCAGGGAGCUAUAAGGAACCUAAACUUGAUUGGAUGAUUGGUUUUCUCUUUGUUGUUAGUUUUGUUGGGCUAUUAGCUUUGGUUCCUCUUAGAAAGAUCAUGAUAAUUGACUACAAAUUACCUUAUCCAAGUGGAACUGCGACUGCUGUUCUAAUCAAUGGAUUCCAUACGCCCAAGGGAGAUAAAUUGGCCAAGAAACAGGUUAAAGGGUUCUUGAAAGUUUUCACAUUCAGCUUCUUCUGGAGUUUCUUUCAGUGGUUCUAUUCUGGUGGAGAUCAAUGUGGAUUUGCCAACUUCCCCACGUUUGGGUUGAAAGCUUGGAAGCAAACGUUUUUCUUCGAUUUCGACAUGACUUAUGUGGGAGCUGGAAUGAUUUGUUCCCACCUUGUGAACUUUUCUUUGCUUCUUGGAGCUGUGCUCUCUUGGGGUGUCAUGUGGCCUCUACUUGCUGAUCGCAACGGAUAUUGGUUCUCUUCAAGUUUACCACAGAGCAGUAUGAAGAGUCUAAUGGGUUACAAGGUUUUUAUCUCCAUUGCUCUUCUCCUGGGAGAUGGCCUUUACAAUUUUGUCAGGACACUUUAUUUCACUUUUAGAAACAUAUAUGCCACGCUGAAAACAAAAAGGCCUGAAUCAUCAUCCUCAGAAGUCAAGAAUCUUCCACUUGAAGAGCUGCAGAGAAACGAAAUAUUCAUCAGAGAGAGCAUUCCCUUCUGGCUAGCUUGUAUUGGCUACUUGAUUUUUUCCCUCAUCUCCAUCAUUGUCAUUCCAAUUAUGUUCCCUGCGUUGAAGUGGUAUUACGUGCUCGUUGCCUAUGUUUUUGCACCAGCUUUGAGCUUCUGCAAUGCCUAUGGUGCCGGUCUAACUGACUUGAAUAUGGCAUACAAUUACGGUAAAGUAGCUCUCUUUGUGCUUGCUGCAUUAUCCGGGAAAGAUAACGGUGUUGUUGCUGGACUUAUUGGAUGUGGACUGAUUAAAUCCAUGGUUUCUAUAUCCUCUGACCUGAUGCACGAUUUCAAGACGAGCCAUCUGACCCUGACAUCCCCGCGAUCCAUGUUACUUAGCCAAGCUAUUGGGACUGCCAUUGGCUGUGUCGUAGCACCUCUUACAUUUUUCCUAUUCUACAUAUCUUUUGAUGUAGGGGAUCCCAAUGGGGAGUACAAAGCUCCUUAUGCACUCAUCUAUAGAAACAUGGCAAUCUUAGGUGUUGAAGGAUUCUCAGCUCUGCCUCUCCAUUGCUUGCAGCUCUGUUAUGGUUUUUUCGCCUUUGCCAUACUUGCCAACUUGGUGAGAGACAUGGCCCCGGAAAGAGUCGGGAAAUUGGUUCCUCUCCCAAUGGCUAUGGCUGUGCCUUUCCUUGUUGGGGCUUCCUUUGCAAUUGAUAUGGCUGCGGGGAGUUUGAUCGUAUACGUAUGGCAUAAGCUCAACAGCAAGAAGGCAGAUUUGAUGAUUCCUGCAGUGGCUUCAGGAUUUAUUUGUGGUGAUGGAUUAUGGAUUCUUCCAUCAGCUCUACUUGCUUUACUCAAAGUUAGGCCUCCAAUUUGUAUGGCUUUUACAGUCGGACAGACAUAGUGAAAUUUCCUGAUUCUUGAAACUAAGGAGCAAGUGUUUGCCAAAAAAAAAAAAAACAUCUUAGAAGUAUAGAA